GGCGGCGGCAACGGCAUCUUGCAGCCUCUUUGGAGAGACGGAGGCUGGGCUGGGGUUACAGUCCAAAGUUUUCCCACCAGGAUUUGCCCACCCCACCUCCUCUCUGGAUACGUCCUCGCCUUGUCCUCUUUGCCAGGACGCCUGCAGGUGGUGGGACAGAAAACAUCGAGGCAUAAGAUGAAGCUGUGACAGAUGGGGAAGCUGAGACCUAGAGGGGUAACUUUUUCAAGAUUGCAUAGAAGAGUCAGGAUUUGAAGAUAGUUCUUCUGACUGUUUGAAAGCACAAUGGCAGGAAACAGCCUUGUUCUACCCAUCGUUCUUUGGGGUCGCAAAGCACCAACCCACUGCAUCUCAGCAGUACUUUUAACAGAUGACGGGUCCACGAUCGUGACUGGAUGCCAUGAUGGGCAAAUAUGUCUCUGGGAUCUUUCAGUAGACUUGGAAGUUAAUCCUCGAGCACUGUUGUUUGGUCACACAGCUUCAAUCACCUGUUUAUCUAAAGCUUGUGCUUCUAGUGACAAACAGUAUAUUGUGAGCGCAUCCGAGAGUGGAGAGAUGUGCCUCUGGGACGUGAAUGAUGGCAGAUGUAUUGAAUUUACAAAAUUAGCUUGCACACAUACUGGCAUACAGUUCUACCAGUUCUCUGUUGGAAAUCAGAGAGAGGGAAGGCUUCUAUGCCAUGGCCAUUAUCCCGAAAUCCUCGUGGUGGAUGCCACCAGCCUUGAGGUGCUGUACUCCUUAGUAUCAAAGAUCUCUCCAGAUUGGAUUAGCUCCAUGAGUAUUAUUCGAUCCCACCGAACACAAGAGGAUACCGUGGUGGCGCUCUCAGUGACGGGCAUCUUGAAGGUGUGGAUUGUUACCUUGGAAAUAAGUGGCCUGCAGGAUACUGAGCCAAUAUUUGAAGAGGAGUCCAAACCAAUUUAUUGUCAGAAUUGCCAAAGCAUCUCUUUUUGUGCAUUCACACAGAGGUCGCUUCUGGUUGUGUGCUCCAAGUAUUGGAGGGUAUUUGAUGCUGGAGACUACUCCCUGUUGUGCUCGGGUCCAAGUGAAAAUGGACAGACAUGGACUGGAGGUGACUUUGUCUCGGCAGAUAAAGUCAUCAUUUGGACUGAAAAUGGGCAAAGUUAUAUUUACAAACUACCUGCCAGUUGCCUUCCAGCUAGUGAUUCAUUCCGCAGUGAUGUGGGGAAAGCAGUUGAAAAUUUAGUUCCUCCGGUACAACAUAGCCUCUUGGAUCGAACAGAUAAAGAGUUGCUAAUUUGCCCUCCUGUUACUCGGUUCUUCUAUGGAUGUAAGGAAUACUUCCACAAACUAUUGAUUCAGGGUGAUUCUUCUGGAAGAUUGAAUAUUUGGAACAUAUCAGACACACCUGAUAAACAGGAAGGUACAGGAGAGCUGGAAAUGAGAACUUCUGUUAGUUUGCAAGAGGCAUUUGAUAAACUGAAUCCUUGUCCUGCCGGAAUUAUAGAUCAGCUGAGUGUCAUUCCCAAUAGUAAUGAACCUCUUAAGGUGACCGCAAGUGUGUACAUACCAGCCCACGGACGACUCGUUUGUGGCCGUGAAGAUGGAAGCAUCGUUAUUGUACCUGCCACGCAGACAGCCAUAGUGCAGCUGCUGCAAGGGGAGCACAUGCUCCGCAGAGGUUGGCCACCUCACAGGACACUCCGUGGUCAUCGGAACAAAGUCACAUGUUUGUUGUAUCCGCAUCAGGUCUCAGCUCGUUAUGAUCAAAGAUAUCUGAUAUCUGGAGGCGUGGAUUUUUCGGUCAUAAUUUGGGACAUUUUUUCUGGAGAAAUGAAACACAUCUUCUGUGUCCAUGGUGGCGAGAUUACUCAGCUUCUGGUUCCGCCUGAAAACUGCAGUGCCAGAGUGCAGCACUGCAUCUGCUCUGUAGCCAGUGACCACUCAGUAGGACUCCUAAGUUUGCGAGAGAAAAAAUGCAUUAUGCUGGCAUCCCGUCAUCUUUUCCCCAUUCAAGUAAUCAAGUGGAGGCCUUCUGACGAUUACCUAGUAGUGGGAUGUUCAGACGGCUCCGUGUAUGUCUGGCAAAUGGAUACCGGCGCACUGGACCGGUGUGUGAUGGGGAUCACAGCAGUAGAGAUACUGAAUGCUUGUGAUGAAGCAGCUCCUGCUGCCGUCGACUCACUUAGUCACCCAGCAGUCAACUUAAAACAAGCUAUGACACGACGCAGUCUUGCUGCUCUUAAAAACAUGGCCCAUCAUAAGCUACAAACUCUUGCAACUAACCUCUUGGCUUCUGAGGCAUCUGACAAAGGAAAUUUACCUAAAUAUUCUCAUAACUCCCUGAUGGUUCAAGCAAUAAAGACAAACCUAACAGACCCGGACAUACAUGUGCUUUUCUUUGAUGUGGAAGCGUUGAUUAUUCAACUCCUGACUGAAGAAGCCUCUAGGCCGAAUACUGCGCUUAUUUCCCCAGAGAAUCUGCAAAAAGCAUCUGGCGGUUCAGACAAAGGGGGCUCUUUUCUAACUGGAAAACGAGCAGCAGUUCUCUUCCAACAAGUGAAAGAAACUAUCAAAGAGAACAUAAAGGAACAUCUCCUUGAUGAUGAAGAGGAGGAUGAGGAGAUAAUGAGACAGAGGCGGGAAGAAAGUGAUCCCGAAUAUCGGGCCAGCAAAUCUAAGCCACUGACCCUGUUAGAAUAUAAUCUGACUAUGGACACCGCAAAAUUGUUCAUGUCCUGCCUUCAUGCCUGGGGUUUGAAUGAUGUUCUGGAUGAAGUCUGUCUUGAUCGCCUUGGAAUGCUGAAACCCCACUGCACAGUAUCGUUCGGCCUCUUAUCAAGAGGAGGUCAUAUGUCACUGAUGCUUCCUGGUUAUAAUCAGGCUGCUUGUAAACUAUCACAUGGGAAAGCAGAAGUAGGAAGGAAGCUGCUGGCAACGGAGGGAGUAGGAAAGGGAACUUACGGAGUGUCCCGGGCCGUCACCACACAACAUCUCCUGUCUAUCAUAUCUUUGGCAAAUACCUUAAUGAGUAUGACCAAUGCAACUUUUAUUGGUGAUCAUAUGAAGAAGGGCCCUACCAGGCCACCUAGACCAGGCACCCCAGACCUUUCUAAGGCAAGGGGUUCUCCUCCAACUUCCAGUAAUAUUGUGCAAGGACAGAUUAAACAAGGAUGGAGUCAGUUGGCUGCUAUGCAUUGUGUUAUGCUGCCAGACCUGCUGGGAUUGGACAAAUUUAGGCCCCCGCUUCUAGAGAUGCUGGCUCGGAGAUGGCAAGAUCGAUGCUUGGAGGUCAGAGAAGCUGCACAGGCCCUGCUUCUAGCAGAACUGAGAAGAAUUGAGCAGGCGGGACGGAAGGAGGCCAUUGAUACCUGGGCUCCUUACUUACCUCAGUAUAUGGACCACGUCAUAUCACCUGGGGUCUCAGCAGAAGCCAUGCAGACUAUUACCACUGCUCCUGACACCUCGGGGCCAGAAGCCAAAGUCCAAGAGGAAGAGCACGACCUUGUGGAUGAUGACAUCACCACUGGUUGCUUAUCAAGUGUCCCACAAAUGAAAAAAAUUUCCACAUCUUAUGAGGAAAGACGGAAGCAAGCUACUGCUAUUGUUUUACUAGGAGUAAUAGGAGCUGAAUUUGGUGCAGAAAUUGAACCUCCUAAACUGCUGACCAGACCUCGAAGCUCUAGUCAAAUUCCUGAGGGAUUUGGUUUGACGAGUGGUGGAUCCAACUACUCACUGGCCAGACAUACUUGUAAGGCACUGACAUUUCUUCUGCUGCAACCACCAAGCCCCAAACUUCCUCCACACAGUACGAUCCGAAGAACAGCCAUUGAUCUGAUUGGACGUGGUUUCACAGUUUGGGAGCCUUACAUGGAUGUGUCUGCUGUCCUGAUGGGGCUUCUUGAACUUUGUGCUGAUGCCGAGAAACAACUUGCCAACAUCACAAUGGGGCUGCCUCUGAGCCCUGCAGCUGACUCUGCCCGCUCCUCGAGGCAUGCCCUAUCUCUCAUUGCCACGGCCAGACCACCCGCCUUCAUCACAACUAUAGCCAAAGAGGUGCACAGACAUACUGCUCUUGCAGCAAAUACCCAAUCCCAGCAGAAUAUGCACACCACAACUCUUGCCCGAGCUAAAGGGGAAAUUCUGAGAGUCAUUGAAAUUCUUAUUGAAAAAAUGCCCACGGAUGUCGUGGAUCUUCUCGUGGAGGUUAUGGACAUCAUUAUGUACUGCCUUGAAGGAUCUUUAGUUAAAAAGAAAGGUCUUCAGGAAUGUUUCCCAGCCAUCUGCAGGUUCUACAUGGUCAGCUAUUAUGAGCGGAAUCACAGAAUAGCAGUUGGAGCUCGCCAUGGUUCAGUGGCCCUGUACGACAUCCGGACUGGAAAGUGUCAGACAAUCCAUGGUCACAAGGGACCAAUCACUGCCGUGGCCUUUGCCCCUGAUGGACGAUAUCUUGCCACCUACUCAAACACAGACAGCCACAUUUCUUUCUGGCAGAUGAACACCUCCCUGUUGGGGAGCAUCGGCAUGCUGAACUCGGCACCCCAGCUGCGCUGUGUUAAGACCUACCAGGUGCCCCCCGUGCAGCCGGCGUCCCCCGGCUCCCACAAUGCCCUCAGGCUGGCCCGGCUCAUCUGGACCUCCAAUCGCAACGUCAUCCUCAUGGCCCACGACGGCAAGGAGCACCGCUUCAUGGUCUAGGGCUCGUGUCUGCGUCCCGUCCCCGUUCCCCCAGGUCUCCAAGCCCAGAGUCCCGUCCUUCCUCAGUGCCCACCCCCCCCCGGGGUCAUGGGGGGCACAGCCGGGUCUGUGUCCCUCCGCAUGGUCCCCGGGGGCAGACUCCUGCUCGUGCCACCUAUUGACUGAGGCAUGCACACAUCGCUCCGCAGGAAGUGGCCGUCCCGUCCCCAGGUCGUUUCUCACCGCCGCAGAGGGAGGGGCAGCCAGCGGUCCCGUUGCUCGGUGCACCAGAAGCCCGGAAAUCAAUAACCACUGUGAUUGCACUGCCAGCCCAGAUCAGCAGUUUCCUCACGCUAAACCCCACCUCUGAAUGCUGUUGGAAGCUGGUUGUUCUGACAUUGGGUUUUGAGGUCAUGUGGCAGUCCUAAUUAUUGACACUAUUUUCCUUUGGAUUUCCUAAAACGUGCUAUUGUUUACCAGAAAGAUUCUGUGUUUACGUGGGGUUUUUUUCUCCGGGAGAUUGCUAGGCAAUUACUCAAUCCAAUUUCCUAGGGUUUAGCCACUACCUUCUUUAUUAACACCUAACCGAUUGGAGAUUAAUGAGAAAAUACACACACACACAAAUUUUCCUUGUGGAGACUACAGUUUCCCAGACACCUAGCCUUCUAAAAUGCUCAUAUCCCGCUUAAGUGAUACUGUAUUUAAUAGCUCAAAAUCAAAAUGAUCACUACUUAUGAUCUAGUUAAUAUAAUUAUCCAGUCACUAUAAUCUCUUAAAUGGACUUUUGUAAUAAAGAACCAAGUUUGGAAGCAUAGCGUAUACCUGAAAAGAAGAUUCUUUGGCUACAGAUCUUUUUAAGAAAGAGCUUACCCCUUCCUUCCAGAAACUUCACAGACCUGCAGUUCCCAUAAGUCAGCUAUCAUGUAAUAGUUACAAUUCAGCCUUCAAACUACUACUGAUCAGUUAAAGGAAAGCUAAGACGGCAUUUCUUUUAAACAAGUAUCCUAGAAAAUUAUUAACUAUGGCACAAGCAUUCAGGAGCAUACAGUCAUCCUCGGUAUCUGCGGAGGAUUGGUUCCGGGACCCCUGAGGGUACCAAAAUUCACAUAUACUCAAGUCCCUGAUAUAAAAUGGCAGAGUACACGGAGGGCUGACUGUGUAUACAAAUGUGGAGGCUCUCAAUCUUUCCGAAUCUAUCCAAACAUUGCAGUAGGGAGUUCAUCACACUUCCAAGUAAGCUUUAACUAGGUCACUUUCUUCUCCUUAUGUCAGAUUAUGCUGGUUCUUGCUCAUAGUAAUGGAAAAAAAAAAACUGUAAAAUAAUAUUUUGGAUGACUUGCUCCUAAUAAACCUUGCUCUGUAUAUAGUUGGGGAUUUGGUUGGUUGGUUGGUUGUUGAUUGGUUGGUUAAUUGGGCAAAAUGGUUUAUUAAGUACAAAAAUAGAAAAUGAUUUAUUAACUUCAGAAAAAAUACGUGAAGUUUACAAAGCAACCAAAAUGAUAACGGGAGUGUCUAAUUUAAAAAGCAUAGAUUGUCAGAGUUUAUAUAACAUACAAAAAAAGUAGGGUCACAGCCCAGGAACAAAUACAUCUGUUAUUUUAUUGAAACAGAUUUCUAAAGAACAUGUUAGGAAAUUAAGACCACUAGAACAUCUCUUUCAUAUCGAUAUGAAGUUUGUCAUUUCUAGUGAUGGCAAACCCAUCCUAUACCUUGGUUUUAGACUUUAGGUAUUCUUAAAAAGUGAAUUUAUGCCAUAAUGCAUGUACAUUGUAUUUAUAAAGAUUAUAUAUGUAGCUUCCCAGGAAGAAACUCACAACUAUACAGCGUAGACUUGCUUUGUUUGGUGAACAUGCUGUUGUGCCCGAUACAGAUAGAGAAACCUGAGGAGAACAAGAGGUGCUCUCGGUUUUUCCAGUGGUUUCCCGAGUCUUCAGUGUGAGUACCUAGCACGUGUUCACUUUAUGAACUGAAAUGGGGAUUAAUUUAUUCUAGACUACAAAGCUGCUUUGGAAUGAUGAAGUGUAAAAGUAUGCCUUAGAGAUUUUUUUUUUAAACAGAAUGUUCAGGGCAUCAGGAGGAAGGUGUGAGACUGUGGGCAGGCCACCCCAAAGCAUGGACGGCACACCCCAUGGAGGGUUAGAACAAAGCUGUGAGGGCCCUAGGAGCCAAAUACCUGGGCAGUGGGCCUCGGCCAGCUGGCCACACAGCCUGGCUGCACAGACGGCCAAAACUGUUGGCCCCUAGAACAUCACAAUUGUAAAACUCUGGCGUGGAUAGUAUCUGACGGCGAGACAGACACCUCUAACUGCUAAACCAACAUCUGCACUCUUGUUCACACCAAUCUCUCCUUGGCUGUUUUGACAACCACAGUUGCAAACUUCAUCACAGCUCAGAUUUUCUCUGCACUGAGGUAAACUUUACCUUGUCAUCCCAAGUGUACGCUUUUGGUGUCUUAUUGAUCUUGUUGGCACUGUAUUUGGACCUGUCCUUGUAAACGUAGAGACAUAUGUGGCUUCAUUGGUAAUUUACAAGCGAAAGAUGAUGUGAUACCUGUAUAAAAUGUAAUGAUUGAACUCACUGAGUACAUCACGUGACGUAAGAUGUCUGCCUCUCAAGGCAUUUCUUGAUGACUCCACUUAACAGAUUCUAUAUGUGCUGAAUGUCCCUGUGUACUUACGUGUGUUAAA